AUGAGCAGAUCUCGUGCCAGCCUCUCCCCUGCCGCCUCGGAGAGGUCCACUCUACCUAUGGGCGCUUCUGCAGAACCAGGGAGCCCAGAAUUCAAGCCAUUGGAGCCAACGAGGGAGCAGCUACUAUCGCACUUUUUUGAAAGAUUCAAAUUCUACACGUCGUUAUGCCUCGGUACAUCGGCCAUACUUGCAGUAUUUGCAUUCCUCUUUCUAAUACCCUUCGUGGUGGAGCCCGCGAUACAGACGAUCCUAGCUGAGUUCGUCCCAGAAGCUGGCAUUUGUGCUGUUUCCGAGCAUGUCCACGCUGAGACCUUGACCAAUUGUACAUGGGCUUCAUGUAGAGAAGGCUGCACGACAGCUCACACCAAGUGCCAUAAGAUCAGAGUAAACCUCUCUAGGAGACCGUUCACUGAAGGGUCGGCGAUACCAACUGAAUGGGAUGAAACGGACUUGAAAUUCCUCAUAAACCCUGAGGGUUGUGGCUACCCACCAAGAGUGAACUGUUCGGUGUUCGCGAACGAUUAUGCUGGACCAAAAGCUCCAAAAAUAUUCCCAUGCUACUAUAGUUUAACAAAAGCUGAUUUGGUUGUAGCGAGAUACUCCUGGGAGUCAACAGUACGGGGCUUGAUAUUAGCUCUGGUGUUGCCGACGACUGUUUUUGUGUUCAGCUUAAGUGUGUUGGCCUAUUGGCACUGUCGAUGCUGUGACAGAGCCUGCAAUAGGCGAGUACACGCAGAAUCUUUCACAAGUAAAGAGGACAGCAAACUCCUGUGCGAGCUGGACGACGACCCGAGCGACGACGUGUUCUGA